UUAAGAUAAUAUCGUAAUUAAUAUGAUAUAUUUUUUUUAUUCUAUAUUUCAAGUGAUUAUAUUUUAGAAAGUCAUCGUAUUUGAUUAGGAAACUAUUCUACGUGCCCAAAUAUGCUGAGAAUUAAUGUAAAUUUAACAUAAUACAUACUUUCCGUGUUGUUUAAAGUUCUUCCUAUUUAAACGGUAUUUAUUAUCAUCGAAAUCGAUAGCCCCCAAACUUUAGUCAUGCUAUGCUGAGUCCUCCACAAAAUAAAAUGCCAUUAUUCUAUCAUUCUCUGGCUUGGCCGGAUACAUGCCAUCAAACACCUAGCAAAACAUGCACUGAUCUCUUAAUAUAAACCUACUAUAUAUAUUCUGUUUUUUCUCCAAAAAAAAAAAAAAAAAAAAAUUCUGAAAAAAAAAACCUUAAUUAGCGAAAUCUAUGGCAGCCUCACCAACAAUAGUUAGCCACCAUCAAACAAACACCUACACAGUCUACGACGUGACGUGUUUCAACCAUCGGGUUCGAACCAUCGUGACACGAUGUCCAGACGUAGUAACGUCAUGGAUCACCCACAUCCGAUCCAACCAUCAUCCAACCAUAAUCGGCCUAGACACCGAGUGGCUAAACCCAAUAGCAACCCUACAACUAUGUGUAGGUCCAAACUGCCUCAUCUACCAGCUCCUCCACUCGCCUUCGAUCCCUUCGUCCCUGGAGGAUUUCCUAGGAGAUCCACAAUGCAGGUUCUCAGGUGUCGGAAUCUCAGGUGACUCUCAAAGGCUGUUAAAGGAUUAUGAUCUGCGGUUGUCGAGUAUGGUGGAUGUGAGUAAGGUUGCGGCCGAGGCGGGGAAGGUGAGAGUGAAUGCGGGGCUUAAAGAGGUGGCGAACGCGGUGUUGGGGUGGGAGAUGGUCAAGGUUAAGGAGAUUACAAUGAGUAAGUGGAAUAAAGAAGUGCUUGAUCAAAGUCAAGUUAUGUAUGCUUGUAUUGAUGCCUUUGUUAGUUAUCAUAUUGGUAAAGAACUUGAUGGCAAAAGUAAAAAUAAUUGCGUUGAUGAUUUGAAUACUCGAGCUCGAAAAUAGGUUAAAGAUUUAAUGUCAAAAAUUUAAUUUUUGAUAUGUUUGAUGUAUACACAAGUUUUAAUUUGAAGGGUUAUCAAAUUGAUUAGGGUUUUAUUUUUCAAAAGUUCGCAUGAUUCCUGAAAUUAAAGAGUUAAUUUUGUUAAUACUACCUCCAUCAAUCCAUCAUAAUUCAUAAAUAAUCCGUAAAAGUUGUACAUAAUAUGAUAAUAUGUAACGGAGGUAGUAUAAAAAGUAUAUAUAUAAUGUGAUUCGAUAUCAUAUCAUAUCUUUUGUGUGUUUGAUUAGUCUUGAUAUUAGAUCGUGUUUGAUUAGUCUUGAUAUCAUAUCGUGUUUGAUUAGUCUAUUUUAAUGUGUUUGAUUUUGUAUUUGAUCUCUCUUUUAUUAUAUUGGAAAUUGAUGGUCAAAGAAUAAAAAUAAAAAUUUACAAUUGAAUAGAGCCAUGGACAGCGGCUUUUUUUCAAUGAGUAAACUUAUUUUGAGCAUGUGCUUCCAAAUAAGUGUAAUUAUGCUUUUUAGUUGAGAUUUUAAAACUUCUGUAUAUAA